AUGGCGACGCCCACAAGUUAUAUUUUCAAGGGCUUGGUGCGAUGGCCGACCUUCGCUGCCGUACGUUCCUUCCACGCCACAGAGGCCAGCUUUGGGGCGCAAGCCGGUCGCUAUAAGGUCACAAAAGAUAGGAGCCGACCCCUGACGUAUGAGAUGGCCAAUCCCCCUCAUCAAAUCGCUCACAGAAAAGCGUGGAACUCGUGGAACACAAGUAACCUGGAAGGUGGCCUAAGGCAAUCGGAGACGGCGGUCGAAGACAUGUUCAUUCGAAAGUUCAUGUUCGGCACAUGGCACCGUAUCUUCAUCUCUGAAGUGUUGAUCAAACGACGGCAGAACAUGAUUUUCAUAGGAGGCAUCAUACAGAGAUCCAUAAUUCCAAGAAAACUGUAUUUUCUAAUCGGUUACACGGAAGAGAUACUCAGCUACAUCCUCAAGUGUCCCGUCAAACUAGAGCUGCAGUCAGCAGCUGAUAAGGAAGAUAUGAUCUUCAAGUACAUUUAGGGAGUGGAUUCGGAUUGUAGGAUCGUUGCAUUCAUGUGUUGCGCAUUAAAGAAGUUUUUGGU